GGCGAGUACCUCUCGACGCAAGAGGCUGCGCGCAGACGCGCGGCGCGCGGCGGCGCGCCAAACUACGCCAUCUGCCUGCGCGAGCACAGCGCGGCGCGCGUGCUGCGCACCUGGAUCGACCCCGCGGCGCGCGGCAACGUCGGCCGCUUCGUCAACCACAGCUGCGAGCCGAACCUGUCGGCACACGCGGUGCGGGCCGGCUCACUGGUGCCGCGGCUCGCGCUCUUUGCACGGCGCGACAUCGCGGCCGGCGAGGAGCUGACAAUGACAUACGGCGACGGCGCCGAGGCGGCCGGCGGCGGAGAGAGCGCGGCGCUCGGCGCGGGUCGGCGCCCGUGCUUGUGCGGUGCGGCCACCUGCGGAGGAUGGCUCCCCUUUGAGCCCCUCCCGGGGGACGCGUGA